AUGGAGCGGCGCUUGUCUAUCCUGAAACAGAAGGGCGAGCCGGUGAACUCUCACCACCACCACCACCACCAUCAUCACCACCACACGCCAAAGAGCCAGGCUAGCAAUGAUGGUCUAACCGGUGACAGAGGAAACAAAAAAUUUAAUUUUCUCAAGCGAAGAGAAAGAAAAUUUGGAGUUGAUGCUCAGAAUGUUCAGAAGAAGAAAGGGUCAGAAACAACAAAAUCCAAGACACAGUCUUUAAUGAAAAACAAACUUUCCUAUCGGAGCAGUGACUCUGUAAAUAGGUGCCAAGAACUGUCAGAGAAUGGAGAUGUUAUUUUACGGACAGACAAUUUGUAUUAUGUUUCUUACUAUGAACCACCUCUUCCCUCUGAAAAACUUUUGGUCAACAUACGGCAUACAAACGAUGAAAUCAAUCCAGAUGGCUCAAAAGUAGAAAUUCCCCAUUGGAGAUUACGACCUGUAGCCAAUUGUUAUACAUUAGAGGGGACAGAAAAUCUGGAAGAUGAAGUUUUUACAAAAAGACAUCAAAAACCAGAACUUGAAGAAAAAAGAAGGAAAAGAUGGGAUCUGCAGCGAAUGCGUGAACAAAAACUGUUUGAAAGGCUUCGGGAAAGAGGCAAACCUUAUCCUGAUAGCAUGAAAGAUGAACCUCAGUUAAUCACAUCAUUUUACCCAUCUCUCGAUGAUAUUACUCAUAUAGAAAUCGCGGACAAAGUUCCAGUGACAGCAUUUGGUCACCCGAUUCCUUACAUUAAACCCGCUGAUUUUGAGUUGCCAUGGGAACAGGAUGAAUGGCCAAGUACGUCCAGCUCAAGUGGGGAGGACAAUCGGCACCAGAAACACCGGCGUGUGAAACGUAAGUGA